UUCCGCGGUUUGUUGUCAUUCAUGCCGCUGUUAGAGACCGCAUUGAAUGCAGUUUUUUAGCUGCUGUUUUUACAAUUUUUUUGUCGUGAAGUUGCUCUUUAAAUUUAGCUUGAAAUGAGCUCAAAGGUAAACGGUGCGAAAGACGAAGAUUCGUUGUUUAUUGAACAAUUGUUGGACACGUUUUACGAGUAUGAUAAUGGACCAGCAUCAAAGUGUAAGAAGCUCAAGUCACAGAAGAGUAAAAAACGAAAACAUCAAGAGGAAGAGGAGGAAGCGUUUAGUACAGUUAAGGAUAUUUGCAAGGACACUGAUGACCAGAGAGAAGAAUCUACAGGCGCUGAACAGCAUCAACAUCCAAAGACUGAGCAAACAGGUUCAACCACCGAGCAGGUGAAUCAGGUGCAAGUAGUGACAUUUCAGGAUCCCAGAAAGAAACUGAAAGCCAAGCGCACUCCAGUUGCCAACACGAUACCCGCCGCUCAGUCUACAGAAACGAUGAAGAAUAGCGAUCAGCUGGAGGGAAUCAGUUUGGAAAAGGCUCGUCUGGAAGUCCAUCGAUUUGGAAUCACAGGCUACAAGAAGGAGCAGCAGCGAGUCUUCGAGCAGGACAGAGCAAUCAUGCUGGGAGCCAGACCUCCCAAGAAGGAAUACGUCAACUACAAGAUGCUGCAGCAGCAGAUCAAAGACAAGAAGCAGAAAGUAAAGGAGGAGGUUGACCCGGAGUUGAAGAAAAAGAAGAAGAAGCCAAAUAAUCAAAAAGACAAGAAGAAGGUGUCGUCAGGUUCUGGCGCAGGCCCCUCGGGUCAGGUGGGGCGCUUCAAGAAUGGCUUGUUGGUCCUGAGCUCCAAGGAGAUCCAGAAAAUCAAAGGCACCAGGGGAAGGAAAUAGGUUUGUGGUGGUUUUACGUGAGCGACAGUGAUGGAUAAACACUAGGACACCAGAGGAAGGACCUUACAGCUCACUGCAGGACAGAUUUGAAGAGGAAAUGAACGAUCAAGCUGAUUUCCUGACCACAAGUCACUGACCUGCAGUGAAAUAUGACGCGGUGUUAGCGGGUGACAGACUGCAGAGUCAGUAUAUUGAUCUGCACAUUGGGGUCCCCGAGCGUCCACUGCGGCAGCGCACAUGAAACCUGGAGACUUUGUUGAAUCAUAUUCCAUCACAAUUUAUUUAUUUUGUCUUUUUAUAAAUGACCACAAAAAAGAAGUAAUUUUGCGUUUCUGCUGCUUUUGAAAAGUAGAUACAAUGCAUUUCUCAUAUACAAACCAUGUAGUCGUACAAAACAUUUACAGAGAGAGAGAGAGAGAGGAUCAUAGCAAGACAGAUGGAGGGUUUUUUCUUUUCUUUUCUUAAAGAAAUGUACACACAAGUCCUGGCAGACAUUUUCAUGAAGAGACACACACACACAAAGCAGUUUUUCUUAAAUAACCUUUGUUUACACAGUUUCCUGAAGCUGUGUCUUUGUUGUAAACAUUAAAAUCUCCACAGAAACCUUUUUUUGUUGUUGUUGUUGUUGUAUGUAUGGCGUUGACAACAAAACCAGGACCUGUGAUCUGACAGUGUUGAGCGGCUGACUGAGGUCACAAAUCCUCACUCCGUCUCCGUGAAGCAGCUUUGUUGUUUUUAUACAUUUCAAAAAAAAGAAGAAUGUGAGGAGAUUCUGAGGCUCAUCCACGGCACACCACACAUUAAUAUGUGUUCAAACCAAUUUUAUUUUCUAAAUAUGUGGUAUUUAGAACCUUUUGCUGACGACAUUGUAUAAAAAGUAAAAUUAAUAUGUAAUUAAAUAUAUUUACAUAA